AUGAGUAGCUUGGGAAUACUACUUGCAUUAGCCGUUGCGUUACGAAUAGGUUUCUUCGCCUUUGGACUAUACCAAGACGAGUACUUGCCCGUGAAAUACACCGAUAUCGACUAUCUUGUCUUUAGCGAUGCUGCAAAAUACGUCUCCCAGGGAGCUUCGCCCUAUUUGCGAGAGACGUAUCGAUAUACGCCGCUUUUGGCAUUCAUGUUGGUGCCAAACUGCUGGGGCGGGGCAUGGUGCCAUUUUGGCAAGAUCUUGUUCAUCGUGGGCGAUUUGGUCACGGGGAUCAUGAUUGCCAAGUUGUUGUUUAUGCAGAAUAAAUCGGCUUCCAAGAGAACCAAUCUUGUGCUCGCGUCAAUCUGGCUUUUGAACCCUAUGGUGGUCACUAUUAGCACGAGGGGGUCAUCUGAAAGCAUACUUACGCUGAUGAUUAUGUUGUCGUUGUACUAUGGCAUAGAGGACAGAAUUGCUGCCUCGGCGUUUUGGCUUGGUCUCGCUAUACACUUUAAAAUAUACCCCGUGAUUUACUUGCCGAGCAUGCUUUACUACUUGUCAAACAAGGCCAAGCCAGUGGUUGAUUUCCCCGUGAUUCGGUUGGUCAACUGCAAGAAUCUAAAGUAUCUUGUCGUGACGGGGUUGACGUUUGCCGGGUUGAGUGGGGUGAUGUACUUGGUUUACGGACGCGAGUUUCUUGAACAUUCAUACUUUUACCAUUUCACGAGAUUGGACCACAGACACAAUUUUUCGGUUUACCACAUGUUGCUCUAUUACAAGUCGGCGGCGGCAACGGCAGCUACGAGUGGGUUUGAUACUGAAAAAAUGGCGUUUGUGCCCCAGCUCGUGCUCUCGGCGGUGGUGAUUCCACUACUAUUGGCCAAGCUGGACUUGCUGUCGAGUCUAUUUAUCCAAACAUUCACCUUUGUCACCUUCAACAAGGUCAUCACUUCGCAGUACUUUAUCUGGUUCUUGAUCUUUUUGCCGCACUUUUUGUCGAGGUCGGAUUUGAUCUCGAGCAAGAAAUUGAACGGCGUGGUGGUGUUGCUGCUAUGGAUCGCGUCGCAAGCGUUGUGGCUAUACAACGCUUACCGGUUGGAGUUUCUCGGCGAGAACACCUUUGACUAUGCCUUGUUCAACUCUUCGCUCUUCUUCUUCUUGAGCAAUUGCAUCUGUAUCCAUCGGUUCAUAGUCAGUUUAUAG